GGGCUACUUCCCACCCCGCCUGAGCCAACGUCCGUCGUGUUUGACAGGCAGCCGCAGUGGGUGACCGAGGGCUCGCCGGACAAGAUCACUGUGAACCUUUUGGGAUCGCACCCGCUGUGGGGCCACCACCUUUGGAACGCAGCCAAGACGUUUGCCAACUACCUUGACGAGCAAAAGGACAUUAUCUGCAACAAAUCUGUUCUCGAGCUCGGAGCCGCUGGCGCACUUCCGUCUCUGAUCUCUGCAUGCAACGGCGCCAGCCGCGUCGUAAUCACAGACUACCCGGACCACGAUCUUAUCGAGAAUAUUCGCAAGAACGUCGAGAUCAACUUUCCGGCCAAACUUGCCGAUGAGUCCAUUGCGGUGACGGGAUUCAAGUGGGGCAGCGAAAUCGAGAGGAUAUCAGCCUUGGCUCAAAGCCAGGAGGGAACCUACGAUGUGCUUAUUCUCUGUGACCUUGUGUUCAACCAUUCGGAACACACGUCCUUAUUGAGAUCGGUCGAGAGGCUGAUGGCCAAGCCAUCUUUGGCGGAGGAUGGCGGCAAGACCAACGGCGGCGAGGCAUAUGUGUUUUUCACACAUCAUCGGCCCUGGCUGGCCGACAAGGAUAUGGCGUUUAUUGAGAGGGCACGCGAAGAGCUUGGUCUGGAGGUCGCGAGGGUGGUUGAGGAGUACACGGGCGCGAUGUUCGAGGAUGAUCCCGGAGAUGAACGCGUGAGGGGAACCGUCCAUGGCUUCCGUCUGGCGUACCCUGCGCUUUAAGUAAUAAAAAAAAGAAUUGAUUUUGUGAUCAGUCGUGAUUUUUUGUUCUCGAUCUGCGCUAUUUUUAUUUGAUUUUUUUUAUGAGCUGUAGGCUGCUCUGCUUACCGCCAGUGCGAAAUAGAGAGAGGGAAAAGCGAAAUAUUUUUUAUUUUGUUGGCUGUGCAAUUCCACUUUUAAUACUUUUUUCUAUUUUAUACCUUCAAAAGUUGAAGCAGUUUUUUUCUCGAUAUAAUGGCGGACUCUACUUUCUCUGUUACGCAGCAAGAGAAGGGCACGACGACUGCUGAGCCCACAGCUGGCAACACACAGACCGCCGCUGGUGACCCCGAGCAGGCCACAGUUGAGAACAACACCACAUACU